AACGAGUGUAGAGCGCUUAAAUAUUCUGAUUUUUCGAAAUUUUAUUUUAGUUUUUCCCAAUUAUUUGAAUAUUGGGAUUUUUUUCGUUAUUUUGUUAUUCUGGUUCAGUUGGUGCCUCCAACAAACUAGUCAAAUUUACGCUAGAAUCCUCCCUCAAAGUUUAUGAUUUACACAUUAUUCGUCUUGCUCCAACUUAAGGGUGGUGAGUAAAGACAGAUACAAAACAAUAAAAAUAAAAACACACAUAAUUGCAAAACCAAUACAUUCACACUCAGAGUUUUAAAAGUAUUAAAAUACUAAUACUCGAAUAAUUUACAAGUCUGAUAAUUAUUAUUAGUGAAAACGCACAUUCUGGAAUUUAUUCAGUAUUUUUUUAGGCGAUUUUUGCAUCAGAAACUGGUCCAUCACCGACGUUACACAGUUAGUCACCAUCUGACCAUCAUGCAAGACAAUCUUAAUUAACGCACAACGCGGCUUUCUUUUGACACGAUGAAAGUUUCGUACUACCAUGGACCAAUAGUAAUGGACUGAGGAACUCGAAACGGCUUCGCGCGCGCGUAUUAUUAUAUUAUUCACGGUCAGCUACAUAUCAAUUACAAGUCAUAAAGAGGGAGUGAGAGAGAGAGAGAGAGAGAAAGAGAGAUACACAAAAAAAAAUGUUCAGUGGGUUUAUGGGAUUACGGCUAUUAUGGUAUUUUUCACGGAGUGUAAGUGGGAAAGUAAGUUCCGGGUGCUAACGCUGCAGAACGUUGGCGAGAGAAGAAGACAUCCGUCGAGACAGCACGACGAACCAGCAGUGAGCUCCAAGACGCCGCUGUAUCGACAAUCCGCGGCUAGUGCGCGCAAAGUGCAGUUAGUAAUCGUGUACCUCAAGUAUUAUUACGAUCGUCGAUCAAUAGAUCACUAUAGUUGCCGGUUAUACAUAAUCAGCUACUAACUGUAUUAACGGUGUUAUUUUUUUUUUUUUUUGGUCUCGUAAUUUGUGCUUUGAAAUUGUUCGUCUAAACGGUUUUUUUUUUGUUCAUAAAAUUACCAUCUAUCGUGGAUUAGAACAAACAACAACAUGAUGUCUAAACGAAUCGUUCAAACAAUAUUAUUUCUAACUACUUUAAUAAGUUUCUACAACAUAGCAGAAGCUGAAGAUAAGACACUUGUUAGAAUACGAAGAGAACCGCCUUCAAGUUAUGGACCACCAAAACCAUCAAGACCCAGACCAGUUUAUGGACCACCAAAAUCUAGUGGUCGGCCUAAACCAGUUUAUGGUCCACCUACCAAAACCUAAAUAUGGACCUCCACCAAAGUCAAAAUACGGUCCACCCAAACCAAACUAUGGACCUCCAAAACCAAAUUAUGGACCUCCAAAACCUGUAUACGGACCACCGCCAAAGACAAAAUAUGGACCCCCUAAACCGGUAUAUGGCCCUCCAUCAAAACCAAUACAAUCUUACGGACCACCAAAACCAGUUUAUGGACCACCAUCUGGAGGAGGAUUUAAACCUCCACUUCAUAUGGAGCUCCACCGUCGUCUUCAUAUGGAGCUCCACCAUCAUCUUCAUAUGGAGCACCUCCAUCAUCGUCAUAUGGGGCACCACCGUCGUCUUCAUAUGGAGCUCCUCCAUCAUCGUCAU